AUGGCUCAUCUCGACAGUUUCAUCAUCAACGUGGACCUGAGGAGUCAUGAGAACAACUCGGCUCACCGGACCAGGGAGAUGGACCGGGACCGGCUGAUCGUCCGCAGGGGCCAGCCCUUCUCCAUCACCGUGCACAGCCCUGACUCCCAGCUGUUCCAGCAGCAGCUGGAGCUGAUGCUGCACGUCGGUCGAAGGAACGAGGUGAAGAUCAGGGUUCAGAAGGAGUUUGGGAAGAAGUGGUGGUUCAGCCAGAUGAGGGCGCAGAACGAGAUGCUGCUGACCGUACACAGCCCGGCGGACGCCAUCGUGGGGCGGUACCGCCUGACGGUGCUGCUGAUGUCAGCUGAUGGCAGCAUCAUCAAGAAGACGGGAGAAAUCAGCUUCCACCUGCUCUUUAACCCCUGGUGCAGAGACGAUGUGGUGUAUCUGCCCGACGAGAGGCUGCUGCAGGAGUACAUCAUGAACGAGAACGGACUCAUUUACAAAGGGAGCUGGAACUACAUCACUGUCCAGCACUGGAACUUUGGCCAGUUUGAGGACUACGUGGUGGACAUCUGCUUUCAGCUCCUGGAUAACUCCAACAAGGCCCUGAGCGACCCGAAGGAGGACCUGGAGAGACGAUCUGACCCGGUCUACGUCAGCAGGAUGGUCUCGGCCAUGGUGAAUUCUAACGACGACAUCGGGGUGUUGUACGGGAGCUGGAGCCCACCGUACCAUAACGGGGUCCCUCCGGGCCGAUGGACCGGCAGCGUGCCCAUUCUCCGGCAGUGGAGUCGCUCCGGCCUCAGGCCGGUGAAGUACGGACAGUGCUGGGUGUUCGCAGGCGUCGCCUGCACAGUCCUGCGCUGCCUGGGAAUCCCAACACGCCUCAUCACCAACUUCACCUCGGCCCACGACGUGGAUGGAAACCUGUCCGUCGACUACGUGGAGAACUUCUACAGUAACUCCAAACAGGACAGCACCUGGAACUUCCACUGCUGGGUCGAGUCCUGGAUGAAGAGGACUGAUCUCCCUCAGGGAAAUAAUGGUUGGCAGGUUCUGGACCCCACGCCUCAGGAGCGGAGCGAUGGUGAGUUCUGCUGCGGUCCCUGUCCGGUGGCGGCCAUCAAGGAGGGCAACCUGGAUGUGAAGUACGACGCUCGGUUCGUCUUUGCUGAGGUGAACGCUGACCUCAUCUACUGGAGAUAUCUGCCUGACGGUCGGAGACAAAAGAUCAAUGUCGAUGAGAAGACCGUGGGCAGAAACAUCAGCACCAAGAGUGUUUAUGGAGACGUGAGAGAAGACUUGACUCUGCAGUACAAAUACCCUGAAGGUUCUGCUAAAGAAAGAGAAGUGUACACGAGGGCCGGGCGCCGGAUCCAGGAGCCGUCCAGUGGAGAUCCAGAAGCCAAACAACUGAAGCUGAUAAUCAAACACUCCCAGCCAACGUUUGGAACAGACUUCGACGUGAUCGUGGAGGUGAAGAACGAAGGAAGUGAAAACGUGAAUGUGAAGCUGACCAUGAGGGUCAUGGCUGUGACCUACAACUCCCUCCACCAGGGCGACUGCCAGAGACAGAACAGCAAUGUGAUGGUGCCGGCUCUCCAGACUCACAAAGAAAUUCUGCGUCUGCAAUACGAGAACUACAACAGAUGUGUCUCUGACCAACACCUGAUCAGGGUGAAGGUGCUGGCUGAAGUCGAGGGGCUGACAUUGCCCCUCCUGUCUGUGUCUGACAUCCCACUGAGAAUGCCUGAGGUUCGCAUACAGGUUCUUGAACGGGUUUUUAUUUGGGAACAAGCGUCGGCCGACAUCUCCCUGACCAACCCCCUGCCUGUGCCUCUGAACAGAGGCGUGUUCUUUGUAGAGGGGCCCGGUCUGCUGACUGAUACCCGGAUUUACGUCACUCAUGCCAUUGCUCCAGGUGAGAAGGUGACGGUGCACGUGUCCUUCACACCCUCCAGGGCCGGCGUCAGGAAGCUCCUGGUGGACUUCGACUCGGACCGGCUGAAGGACGUGAAGGGAGACGCCACCGUGGUUGUUUACAGGAGGCGUAGAAACGUCUCUCAUGUCCCCGGAGGCUUCUAAUGUAGAAACAUCUCCCACGCGUCAGGGAAUAAAAACACAAAGUUCUGAUCAAAUGUUGACUGAUUCUAAAAACACACAAAAUACAAUGAUUUGUCACCUGACUUAAUGUUUUACUUCCUGUUUUUCAUCCUGAAUUAAUAAUUAAAAUCAAAUCAAA